UGGCCUGAAUUCAAGACAAGUGCACCAUACACAGUGUUCAACUAUGAGGAGCAAUGUCUGUGCACUGUUGCCUUCACUGACAGUGUAUCUACUACAGUAUAGUAUGUAGUUUGCGCGAGACGAAUGUGUUACGUGACAUUUCAAUCAUUUUGAGUUGCUCUGCGGGUACACCUCCAUAAAUCUUUGUUCUCGCACAACGAUCGAAGAGAGCCUUCCAUUUGCUCCAAUGUUGAUGAGAGACGGAUCGAGGACCUGUACACAACAGCCAUGGCACCCCCUUGAAGACCAAAGACGACAUUUGAUUCCGAACAAACCUGUCUGAAAGUGGCAAGCCAUCAUUUUCUCCAGAAGAGAUUCAUCGCGGUCCCGGGGUCACACCGGCUGAUUUAUGACCAAAGUUGAGCUUGUGAAGGAAUUUAUCGCCAAAAGAAGUGAAAAGAACUCCUUAGUUGGGACUUUGGCUUCCUGGUACAACAUUGCCACUCUGGCUUGAGAUUGGGCUCUACAACGAGGGAAGCAAUAUUUCUUGUGCACGGUCGAUUAUGUGAAUGCCAGUCAGGGAUGUGCAAAUGUCUCCGAGGAAAUUUGGACCAUUUGGUAAAUGUGAGAGUGAUUUGGACCUCGAGAGGGAUUCCGACCAGGUGACAAAUCUCUCCAUUAAUCUCUCUAACGUGUGAGUUGAGAAACCGCUUUUCACCCAUCAUAUCAUCAUUGGAAACCAUGGACCUCAGCUCUUCAUUGGUUAGAGGGAGAGUUUCCACUCCACAGGCUCUUGGCACUGAAUAGAGAACACGAAUACCACACAUCCACCUUCUCACGGAAGAAAUUGUGCAAAUUUUGUGUUUCGGGAAGCCAAAGCCUUGCGUCCUUUUAUCUGCUACCACUGUAACGCCAAGGUCGAGUGAGAAAUAGUCAAGGCCAGAACGGAACAGACUCCAUCUCGUUCGAGGAAACAACGGCGGAAUCGAUUAUCUUUAUCUUAAAGUCUCUCGCCCGCCGUAGGCCAUCAUCCCAAGUUUUAUGUCAUCUAUUUUAGGAUAAAAAGAACCCAGCGCAGAGCCAACUCAGUCACCGCAGACUUCUCUCCAUACAUCACACUGAGUGCUUCAUGUUUCCAAGAAAAAUUGGUGGGCUCUUGCUAGUUCUCGUCCACUGUGUAGUGUUUCCACUUGCCAAAGCUAAUCAAACUUUUUACUCACAAUCCAGCCACUCUCCCGUCUCAAGGGAGCACAUCCCCUUCUCUUUGAUCUUUGGUCUCAUCAGGAAUGAAAUCAUUCUGGCCACUUGAUUGACACCUUUUGUCGAGCCUCCGUUGAGGCGAAAGGAAAAAAAAUCAAUCCCAGUUUGAAUUGAAACUCAAAGUCCUCCCGUUCUGCCCCUUUCUCUCUCUCUCUCUUUCCCUGGAUAAGCCUCCCUUGGACUAGCAUGACUAAAGAAUUCGAGGUCACGGUGGAACCGCUUGGGGCGGCAGCCAAUCCCCAAUCAUCUCUGGCGACUAGCAGUGGUGCCGCGAUCAUGGCCAUGAAAUCAGCCGUAAAUGUCCCCCAAGAGACUUCCUGUUCCUCUUCCGCUUCCAAGCCAUCCACAUCAUUCCAAGCCGAUGAAGGCGUGGGUGAGAGUGAAAAGGCUCUUUUGAACAGUUCGGGCCAGGGUGGCACGCUUCAAGUGCGACGUGCUCGGCGGAAUGUGCGAUUGAAAUCAGCCCCUCAUGAGGAGUUCUUGUUGCCACCUAUUGCAAGUCAAGAGAAUGUGAAUGUAGCCCUGGAUGAGGGCGGGAUGCCACUCCCGCCGGUCAGUCCCAUGUCCAUAGCUCAAGGCAUGGUGAGCGCUUUCAGUAUUGUGAGAAAAGUCAGUCAGCGGGUCUCGAGCAACAAAAAGCAACAAGAGCCUGCAUCCGCAUUUCGCCGACGGGCUUCUCGCCGAGCCUCGCGAAGAGCGGCAGGGCAACUGCGGCGUGCCGGCUCUAAUUCUCGUCGCAGUCCAGCCGCUUCGGCAGCCACUCCCUCUGCUUUCAGCCGCACUCCUUUGAUACGACCCAACGGCCAAGUUGGACUGAACAAUGCGGUAGAGGAUGCAGAGUUGGGCGAUCCUGACGAUGAGGAUACAGAUGAAGAGGAGGGGGAAGCGACCCGGGAAAGCCAAUCCGGCAAGCAAAUGGUCCGGGAAAUGAUUCAAUCCGGUUGGCAACAAUUUUUGCUCAUGGUUGGUCUUCGGAGCGAGGAAAGAAAAAUCACCUCCGUGGCGGAAAUCAUUAAAGGUAAAGGUAACAGGAAACGGAAGACCCUUGUUUCUCUUCGGUAUUCUAACUAGUGCCCUGUACUGCAU